AUGGCCACUGGGCGUGCUUUGUGGCCUUGUGUUUCCGACCCUAUAUCAGCCAUGUACCUAAUCGAGUUUUCCAAUGAAGUCCCGGAGAUACCUAACUCUUUGUCGAAGCAAGGCAGGGACUUUGUCACCAAGUGUUUGAUGAGGGACCCAAUGGAAAGUCCCACAACUGUGCUAGAUCAUGGUUUGUGGGAGAAGGAGUUUGAUUUGGAUUUGGAAGACAUUUGGGAACUGACCCAUCAAAGUGGUUGCUCAAAUUCAGCUAGGGGAAGGAUCCAACUGUUGAGUGAAGGCAAAGCGACGUCGUUUUCAGGAGUGACCAAUUGGGUCAUAGUGAGAAGCAACGACAUUGAACAUCCAAAUACGACGCUCCAUUGGAAUGAAUAUGAAGUCAAUGAUAUUUAUGAUGAUGAGCCUCAACCAAGAAAAACAAAUGCAAAAACUACUUGUGAUGGUGGGUUAGGUUUAGACACUAGUGAGGCAGCUAGCUUUAGCAGUAGGCAGAGGAAGAAGAGCAGGGCUUGGACGGCCUCCAAAUGUAACUAA